GCCAUUAAAGCCCACUGAAGAAGAAUAAGUAGAAUUUGGUCAUUGCAAAUCUUUUCCGAUAUGUGAGAUAAUUGACUUGUUCUCUGUACUAUCGUAUAGCUUUGGAAUCGGGACAUUAUCUACUGCGGAGAAAAAUAUGCAGGUUUCUCGACUCAUAUCCUGAGACUAUGAGAAGGGAUUGACGAUUCGUUUAGCAACCUUGUGACCCAGCAUGACAACGUGAACGAGAUUGUUCGACAGUCUGCUGGGAUAUCAUUUAUAUGACAAGUUGUCUGAUAAAGGAACAAUAGCUUCCUCAAUGGAUCAGGUAAGUCUGGUUUCCUUUUAACAGUAUAGGCCUGCUGUGCUAUAUAAAAUGUCUAGGCCUAGUUUUCAUCAUCUUUGAUCCUCCACAUCCCAGUGUUCUGUGUUAUUGGCUGGACAAAAAAAAACAUGACGGUAAAACUUGUUUAGUUUUUUUUCCUUCAGAAAAGUAACCUACUAAUGUAUCAUGCGUAGGAAUCUGGGUUUAUUACUUAAUUAUCUCUCCUUCAUUACUUAAUUAUUUCUCCUUCAUUACUUAAUUAUCUCUCCUUCCUCCCAAAGUGUGCACUUGUUCACCUCCACUGAUUUUGAAAGUCAGAUUAUCCAUUAUAUGACCAGAUACUGAAAAUACAUCAUCUGCUGUGGGGUUUAUCAGCAGUUGGCAUCUAACUUUAUGGUACAUUAAGCCAUCUCCUGUACUGGAGUGUGGGCCAGCGACAGGGAUCGAGGAACUAAAUCCUAUGUGCCAGCCCCGUUUCUCUUAAAACAUAAAUAUUUGCGACUGUGUCUAACAAUGUUCAACUAAGUAUGCUUAUCAAACUCAAUUUCUGUACCCUAUCGUCCCUUAUACAGUAUCACUCUCUCUUUCCCUAUCAUACUGCCCACACUAUCAGUACAUGCUCCACUGUCUCUGUUUCCUGGCAGUAAUCACACCUUCCUGUUGAAUGAUUUCCUAUCACAUUUAAUAACUUAUUCAGCUGGCUGUGCCCUACUCUUAGCCUUGUAAGGUAAGCCUCCUCUCUUCUGUCCCUUCUACUUUCCUACUUUGCUCUGUACCUGGAAUAGGGGCGGCAGGUAGCCUAGCGGGUUAGAGCGUUGGGCCAGUAACCUGAGCCGACUAGGUGGAAAAUCUGUCAAUGUACUUUUGAGCAACUUAACACUAAUUGCUCAUGUAAGUCACUCUGAUAAGAGUUUCUGCUAAAUGACUAAAAUAUAAACACUGAAUAAAUGCCUGCCCGUAUUGUCACUGUUCCACUGCUCCUGCCAUCUCUGCACAACCACUGCCCAUGUAAUUCCCUUAGCCUCUGCCUUGCUCAUUGGCACCUCCACCUCCUGUCUCCUAAGGGUCUGUUUAGCUAGCACAUCUACUUCCUCAUUCCCUUCCACCCCCACAUUGGCCAGGACCCAAGCAAAGCUUAUAUGGACACCCAUAUGUCUCACCUGGGCACGAAUUUGAAUUCCUUCAUAUAGCAGGCCUCGUAUAGCAGGCCUUGUCUGCUAUUUGAGCUAAAUGAUUGCCAACUCAACACAGCACACGAGACAACAUAUAACUACACUGUCUGGUUUGACUUCCUCCGCCCACUGCAAGGCCAACAGUAUGGCCAUCAGCUCUGCCAUGUACACAGCCAGGUGGUCUGGGAUACGUCUCCUGACAGCCACCCCACUCUCCUGUUCAACAAAGGCUACUCUCCUGUUCAACAAAGGCUACUCUCCUGUUCAACAAAGGCUGGUCCAGUCUGACCUGUCCUUGGGUCUUUUGAUCCAUCUGUAUAUAUGGGCAAAAAAUACUGAUUUACAGUUAACAGUCGCCUUUUAAAGAACUUGCAUUGAUCAACCCCUCCCUGUCUUUCCGUACUCUCUUCAACACUUGUAAAUCAACUACUGGAGGUGGGAGUAGCCAUGGUGUACUCACAGGGAUAGUUACCGUGAGGCUAAAGUCCCUGCCAUACAUUCCCAUCUGCCUCGCCUGCUUAUCACCCACCCAUCCAAAGCUUUUAUUCUGUCCACGUUCAUGCUCCCAACUUUUCUGUAGCACCCCUUUUGUGGGGUGAGACACCUCAUGUUCCUGUAAGUUACAACCUAAUAAUGAAUUGCCAGCGAUUGCCUUCUAAUAUGUAAUGGCAAUGAAAAUAAAUGUCUUCACAAAUGGAAGGCAGUCGUUACCACAGCAACAAAGUCAAAAAUGUAUAUCAUAGAAAUUCAUGGUAACAGAAAUGUGUUUUUAUUUAUUUUAAGGUUAGGUCAGGCAUGAGGUUAGCAGUGUGCUUAAGGUUAGGUUUAAGAUGACAUUUUAAGAAGAGAAAUUGUUGAAAUGGGCGUGGCUUAUGCCUUUGUGGCUGUGGUAACUAGUGACUACCCGGCACUACUGUUUUUUUCUCAAAGUUGCUGGCAUGUCACGUGUCCUACUUUUCUCAGUACACUCGUAACAACCUCAUCAUUACGAAAUGUAUAUACGCUCAAAUUAGCCACAAGUCGUUUUGAAAGGUAAUGACUGGUAAAAGAAAUAUGGUGGAAACUCUGACCAGCCCAUGCCUCUACAAACCCAAUGCUAUUAGAUUUGUGGAAAGUAGGGAACGAUUGAACAUUUGAGAAAAAAAGGUGAUAUUCUAGGGAUGUACCCAAAUCAGAGGUGUGGACUAAAUUAAUCAAAAAUUUGGUUUAAUGAUACUGUUUAAUAUUUAUUGUGGCCACCAGGACAAAGCUAGCACGUUUCCCUCCACCCUCCUGGAGUCCCCAGGUCAAACGUCUCCGGGUACCGCUUUACUGCAGGGUCUGGUCGACUGCAGGAAAACACCGGGGCCGAGUGGAGCUGAGAGAGGAGGAGAAGAAGAAGAGAAGGAAGAUGGAGAUUUGAUUUCAUUAAGUAAGAACCAUGGGGACAGCCCUAAUCGUUGCUCUCUCAGUGGGAAGGGCUUAUCAUCUGGGGAGCCUCGACAACAUCAUGAUGCUGACAAGAAAGAGAAGAGUCUCUCCAGACCAGAACACCUCAAGAAACACCAGCAAAGACGUAUAGGGAAGAAACCUCACCACUGCUGCUUUGAUUGUGGGAAGAGUUUUGCUAAACAGAGGGAAUUGAUAAUUUACCAGCGGAGUCACACUGGAGAGAAACCGUACCACUGCUCUCAAUGCGGGAAGCGUUUCGCUGCAUCUAAAACGUUAAAAUCUCUGAGAAUUCAUACAGGGGAGAGGCCUUACCCCUACUUUGAUUGUGGGACGACUUUCAGGCAAUCAAGAGCCCUGACAACACACCAACACAUACACACAGGAGAGAAGCCUUACAGCUGUGAUCAGUGUGGGAAGAGCUUCCGGAGGUCAGGACACCUGACUACACACCAACGCAUACACACAGGAGAGAAGCCUUACAGCUGUGAUCAGUGUGGGAAGAGCUUCAAUCAAUCAGGAGAUCUGACAACACACCAACGCAUACACACAGGAGAGAAGCCUUAUAGCUGUGAUCAGUGUGGGAAGAGCUUCAGGAACUCAGGACACCUGACUGCACACCAGUGCAUACACACAGGAGAGAAGCCUUAUACCUGUGAAGAGUGUGGGAAGAGCUUUGCACUGUCCGGAAAUCUGACUACACACAAACGCAUACACACAGGAGAGAAGCCUUAUAGCUGUGAUCAAUGUGGGAAGAGCUUCAAUCAUUCAGGAUCCCUGAUUACACAUCAACACAUACACACAGGAGAGAAGCCUUAUAGCUGUGAUCAGUGUGGGAAGGGUUUCAAUCAUUCAGGAAAUCUGACUUCACACCAACGCAUACACACAGGAGAGAAGCCUUAUAGCUGUGUUCACUGUGGGAAGAGCUUCAGGAAGUCAGGACACCUGACUGCACACCAGUGCAUACACACAGGAGAGACGUCUUAUAGCUGUGAUCAUUGUGGGAAAAGCUUCAAUCAACCAGGAGACCUGACUAAACACCAACGCAUACACACAGGAGAGAAACCUUAUCGCUGUGAUCAGUGUGGGAAGACCUUCAAUCAUUCAGGAUCCCUGGUUACACACCAACGCAUACACACAGGAGAGAAGCCUUAUAGCUGUGAUCAGUGUGGGAAGAGCUUCAAUCAAUCAGGAUCCCUGGUUACACACCAACGCAUACACACAGGAGAGAAGCCUUAUAGCUGUGAUCAGUGUGGGAAGACCUUCAAUCAUUCAGGAUCCCUGGUUACACACCAACGCAUACACACAGGAGAGAAACCUUAUCGCUGUGAUCAGUGUGGGAAGAGCUUCAAUCAUUCAGGAUCCCUGGUUACACACCAACGCAUACACACAGGAGAGAAGCCUUAUAGCUGUGAUCAGUGUGGGAAGAGCUUCAAUCAAUCAGGAAACCUGAGUACACACCAACGCAUACACACAGGAGAGAAGCCUUAUAGCUGUGAUCAGUGUGGGAAGAGCUUCAAUCAAUCAGGAGAACUGACUAUACACCAACGAAUACACACAGGAGAAAAGCCUUAUAGCUGUAAACAGUGUGGGAAGAGUUUUGCUCAAGAUUCCACCCUGACUAUACACCAGCGCAUACACACAGGAGAUAAGCCUUAUAGCUGUGAUCAGUGUGGGAAGAGUUUUGCUCGAGAUUCCAGCCUGACUGCACACCAACGCAUACACACAGGAGAGAAACCUUUCUCCUGUCUAUGUGGAAAGAGCUUUGCUCAUUCAGGGUCACUGAAAAAACACCAGAAAUCACAACCAUGUCAUCUUUUAUCUCCCUCCUCUCCGGCACCGGUUCCAGAUCCCUAAAUAAAGUUUCAAUAGAAAACAUAUUGUAAAGAGUCAUGCAACUCCCAUUCUUUAUCAGUUUACUAAGUCUGAUUACCAUGGUAACCUGUGUAGAUAAUAUGCAGCUCUGAUCCAUAUGUAUCAAGCUUCUUGGAGUGGUGUGUGUGGGGUGGGGGUGUUCAGAGCUGUAUCUUAUUUCAUUAACUCCUAUUAUCCAUUAAAUAACUUCAAUGUAGAAUAAUGUUUCAACAAUAUUAGGUAUGUAUUCAAUAGAUAAAUAUUAAAUCCAUUAUCUGUUCAACGUCUGCUUAUCACAUUAAUUAUAUGCUUUUAAAAUCUAUAAUACUAUUUUUUUUAUAAGGAACAUAGGCCUCUUGUAUAAUUUCUUUGGUCCUAAAGAUGUUAACAUAUUUAUUUUUAAAACCCUUCAUCAGGUUUUACUGUAGCUGAUGAGCCAUAAGGAAGUGUGGUCAAAAAUACUAUUAGUGUGGUCAUAUUAUGUUGUUGCAUUUGUUUUCAAUGAUUUUAAUGGGUAUAUCUUUCAACUUUCCUUAUUGUACAGUACCAGUGAAAAGUUAGGCCACAGUUAAUCAUUCAAAGGUUUUCCUUUAUUUUUUACUAUUUUCUACAUUGUAGGAUAAUGGUGAAGACAUCAAAACAAUGAAAUAACACAUAAGGAAUCAUGUAGUAACCAAAAUAUAUGUUAGAUUCUUCAAGGUUGCCUUGAUGAUAGCUUUGCACACUCUUGGCAUACUCUCAACCAACUUCCUGAGGUAGUGACUGUAGGAGUACAAUUACACACAUGUUGACAUAGAUCAUGAGACCGUGGUAAUGGAAAUCUACUGGGGGACGUUCUGACCCUCUGACCCUUGUAGAUUCUCCAUUGUGUUGACAGAUUGCCCAGACAUGUUGGUGCCAGGGUGUUUUGACACACUAGAUUUAUAGUCUACUCAUUCCACUAGAAAAGCAUACAUACCAGAGAAAUAUGCCUGAGAUGGCUGGACACUAAUGAACAAGAAACACAUAGUCUGCUGAUUCCAUUUGAGUGAAACUGACCAGACACAUAGACGCCUAUAAGCAAUUGGAUGCCCUAGAGAGGGGGGGGCACAAAGAGUGCAUUGAUUUAGUGGUGAAGGGAGGGUCCGGCCACCAUUAUAAACUGAUUGAAGGCAGAUGGUGGGGAAUGACUUCAUAGGGGACGGACAAUACUAUGUGGGUAUAAAUAUAAAGGACUGGACUUCUGAGAGGGGGGUUCCGCGGACAUUCCAGAUUGCAAUACAAUUGUAAUAAAAACAUUUAUUUGAGUUCACAAAAGUUCUUGUAAGAGUUAUAUUUCUGAGAUGAUUUUCCACGACAUAUUUGGCGAGCUGAGCCAGGAGGGACAGGGACUGAGAUAUGGCGACCAGGGCUGGAGAUAGUUUCUUUGGACAAUCUUGCAAACACUAUGGCCACAACUAUAAAAAGGUAAGCUUGUUCUUACAUAGUUGAAAUGUUUGUAUGGAUUGCUUCAGAGAUCCUGUCUCAGCGAGAGAGGCGCCAUGUAAGUCUCUCUUUCAAAUUUCCUAAAAAGAAACCAGUAAAAACGAAAGAACUUUUGAAUUCAAAUAAAUUUGCAUGUAUGUGUAAUUUGGGGAAUUAUAUUAAAUAUAAAUGCAUGUGCAUGUAUAGAGAAUGAGUGAAUAGGCGAUGUGAACUUUGCUUGUGUUAGGUGUUUAGUGGAGCAUGCGCUCGUUCUGAUUAGACCGUUCGAAUGUGUAGCUUAAAUGAUGUGCUUGUUUGUGCCAUCUGGCUGAGAUGGCUGGCUAUAAUGUGGGACAGCCCAUACGGUAAAAACAGAUAAUGUAGGUAGAAAAUCCUGUGAUACCUCUUCAAUAAAAUUAGUAGAAGGAAUGCUUGGACAGGUUACUUAUGAAUAAUGGCUCUAAAGAUAACAGAGAACUGCAUAAAUAAGUAGUUAGAAAGCCACCGCUCUUUAAAAAAGGAACAUUUUUAAAGAGGUCUGAUUGGGUGGAUAUUUAGUAAAUAAAUACUUCAUGGAUACCGCCCCAGAACGGGGGACUGAACGGAUGAAUAUUUAGAAGGCAGGAAAAACGUUAGCCCGAUUGUGCGGCGUUCAACUGCAAAAGUAGCUUAUAAAUAUUAGGUUGUAGAAAAACGUUAGCCCGAUUGUGCGGCGUUCAACUGCAAAAGUAGCUUAUAAAUAUUAGGUUGUAGGAAAACGUUAGCCCGAUUGUGCGGCGUUCAACUGCAAAAGUAGCUUAUAAAUAUUAGGUUGUAGGAAAAACGUUUGCCCGAUUGUGCGGCGUUCAACUGCAAAAGUAGCUUAUAAAUAUUAGGUUGUAGAAAAAACGUUUGCCCGAUUGUGCGGCGUUCAACUGCAAAAGUAGUUAAUACGGUCAAAACAUAAAUCAGUAGUUAAAUAAAUAUUUCAUGGUUAACGCUCUGAAAGGAGGACUGUACGGAUUAAUAUUUAGGACGUUUGCCCGAUUGUGCGGCGUUCAAAUGCAAAAGAAAUCCUGCGAAUAAAAAACCGCUCUGUCUAGCUAACAGGGUUUUGUAAUUCAGUAGGUCACGCCACAAUACUACUCUAAUAAAAGAAGAAAAGAUCAGUAUUGGGGGGUGGGUAGGAUAUGAAGACAAGCUGAUCCGAUUAGACAGUAGUCUCGCGUCAUAUCGUAGAAAUCCUAUUAGCCUAGGCUUAUGUUGAAGAAAGGGAUUAAGUAAAUAAAGAAAGAACUGAGUUGUUUUGAGGUAAAAACAAAGGGAUUGAAUGAACGGAUGAAACAUAAAAGGAUGAAUGAUAAUGUUGUAAGAAAUGAGUAGAUCUGUGUAGAGAUAGAACAUUAGGAAGAAAGAAAGGACAGGUUGGGUUGUGUGUGUGUGUGUGUGUCUGUGACCAACUGCUGGUAGGAAGAGGCAUGCGCAAGCCUCUCUGACAGUUAACUGAGUGUAAUUUGAGAAGGAGAGUGCAGUUAACUGCUAUUAGGCAGAUGGAAUGAAAUUAAGGAACAUCGAAGUAAAAUAAGUUAUAAUCAAGGAUAAAAACACUGAUGUGAUAAAGUAAUAAGCGACCAUAGUAGAAUACUAAAAAAAGGUGUUAAAAUAAAUAACCAUAAAGAUAAUAAAAGAGGAUUAAACCAAAUAGUGUGUAACAAGACAGAAAGUAGAAUCGUCGAUAAAUUGAAAUUGUACUAUAAAGUUAAAAACGAAUCUAGGUUAGUUAAGAUAAAUAGUGAUAAAUAGUGAAAUUCAGGACAGAUUAAGGAUUCACGAACGGUGUAACAAAGGAAGAGGAAAAAAAAAACAGGCCGUCGAUCACUCUGUACCCACAGAGACUGCGGUCUAAAAAUAGCCUGAAGGACAGAGACCAGAAUAUGAGAGGUUUGUUUCACUAAAACCGUGAAUCGGGAAUUAAACAGUAAAAUGGGAUAAAAGACAAUGAAAUAUUAGGAAUAUAGAGAAGAGGUAAGAUAGUAUAGACAAAAUAAAUAUAAUAAAGGUAAAAGUAAGACGUUAGAUAGAGAUCUUAACGGAGCGGGCAGUGGACUGGUGUGACUCAGUUGGUAGAGCAUGGUGCUUGCAACGCCAGGGUUGAGGGUUAAAUUCCCAUGGGGGACCAGGAUGAAUAUGUAUGAACUUUCCAAUUUGUAAGUCGCUCUGGAUAAGAGCAUUUGCUAAAUGACUUAAAUGUAAUGUAAAUGUAAUCAUAAAAUUGAUUAGAAUUAUAAAAUUAAUAAAUAAUGAUAUCUGUAAAGGGGAAAACACAGUGAUAUUUGAAGUAUUGUACUAGAAUAAGACAUUAAGUCAUCUGUAGUAUUCAGAAAUAAUGUCUGUACUAUAUAGAGCGUGGUUUGGGAAGAGAAAUUAAGUGAUGUGACAAAUGCAUUUUUAAUUGGAAAGGGGAUUCGCUCUACCUUGGAAAAAUAGUAAAUAAAAGGUGUAUAAUACAUGGGAGUAUUUAGGAAAAAUAAAUAAAUAAUUAGUGGCAUGACAACAAAAUGACUGUUUCCAUAGAAUAGGGAGAGAAGGACACUAUUACCUGAUAAACAGGAUAAAUAGGACAAGGGAAUUAAACAGUCACAUGGGACCAAAAUGUGAAGCUCGAUUUGCAGGCGUUCUGAUGUCAACAUUCUAUCAUCAGAAAAUACAUUGCGAUGGGGGUGUGUGUGUGGUUCCUCUAAUCCUCGCAGACGUGCGGGUGAUUGGCAGAACUAUUGACAAGAUCUAAGAACCAAUAAGAAAAUAGCUCUCUGUUCUGGAUAUAGGUAUAUCGGGUAUGGGAAAAUUAGUGUAAUGUGACAUUAGAACUUAGUGCGGUAGCAGGAAAUGCCGCUAUACAAGAGUUUAUAUCCUUGUCAAAAUAACAGACAACUAAUUGGUUUGAGGUUAGUGAGAAUGGAAUUUUUUACUUGGCGGUGUGUAGUCUCUGAGGGAACAAUGAGUGUUUCAUAGAGAUUGCAGUUUAUAUGUGGUCAAGAAGAAGUAUUAGAUCACGUUUGACUUGACAUCUAGUAGAAGUAACGACGGAAUUUUAAUUGUUAGACAUUCUAUACCACAAUUCUCUGGAACUGUUAAAGACGCUUUAGAAUAAAAUCUAUGGAUAAGUAAAAUUAUUGGUUUGCUGACUAAAAGGUAACGUUGUGAAUAUUAACGAUAUGUACACUUUCUUUUCCAGAAAGAAUAAGGGAAAAAAAAAGGGUUUUUUAAUCUUCUCUGGUCAACAAUGUCAUUGGAGACUAGUUAACUGCUUUCCACAGUAAUGCAAAGUCAGCCGCUUUAAAAAUAAAAAUAUCUGGAUAAGGCUAAAACAUGGAGUUCUGGAUGAGUGAGUUCAGUCCCUUUGCUAUUAUUGGCUUAUGAUUCACUAGUGAGUACACCAUGUACUGGGAAUGAAUAUGCAUUAGUAGAUUUAUUGGAAGGGUUUUUUCCAAUUCAGUUUCAAAUUGGGUAUGCAAAAGGAUGAACAUGUUUUUGAAAAAUGUAUUUAAGUUGUUCCUAAAGAAAGGGGGAGUGGAAACAUAUUAAUGGUGUCAAAAUGCCCUGAAUCCUAGGAAUUUCCUGUGAAAGACUGAUCACCUUUUACUAGAAAUUGUUGGAACAGGUGGGAUUUACUUAUAAAAUGUUUAAGACACCAGACUCUAUUCAAACUGUAUAAUUACUUUGAAAAUCUAUUAUGUCUCUGGGAAAAUUAUGAAGAGUUGUACCCUUAAAUUGAAUAAGUUAUUCGAAUAGGUUUAUUUUAAUUUUUAUUUUUGAUAUAACAUGGGUUCAUAGGUAAAACUAUCAGUUCCUUGGGGUUAUGGUCUUUGGGUAAAUACACAAAUGUGUUUUGUUCAUUAUGCAUAUAAAAAGUGUUGAAAGUUAUUCCAAUGGGUUUAUUGGAGUGUGGGUUUGUGAGGGUUUUUGUUGAUAAAUACAUCAUCUGUAAUUCAUCUGAGAGAACACUGGUGAAAUAAGGGAGUUAUCAUAAGAAGGUGACGUCAGAAUGCUUUAAGGCAUGGGAGAGAAUAUUACCACAAGUGGGUGUGGAGAUCAAACCCACCCUAACCGACUGAACAGUGAGGGACAACUGUGUCUGAUGACCUGUGAACUGUAUCUAAAAAAAAAAAAAAUAAGACAUGCUGAAAUGAUAUGGGCCAGGGAGAGUAAUGACUUAAAGGAUUGGGGUACUGAUCUUUUUAUUAUCAGGCCACAAAUGAGAGAAAAACUGAGACAACGGGGCUAUUGGAAAAUAGAUAAUACUGGUAUUUAAAGUGUUUAGUAUAAAUGUUAAUUAUUAAAGGGAUGGUGUGUAUUGAAUAGAUAAGGUCAAAUUUGAGUUAAAGUAAACACUAAGGACUGUUAUCCUGAAUAUUGGGUUGGAAAAUGUAUUUAAGAAAUAACUGUUUAGUUAUUUAGAUAUAGAACUGUUUAAAUUUAAUAGGCCUAGGGAAGCUCUGGAAACUAAUCCUGAGACAAGGUGGUUGACAACUUACAGAAUAUUAGAUUAAAGUUAUUUUUAUUUUUUUUAAUUUUUUUUGUUUUAUAAUGUCAUUGGAAUUGGAAUGAUAAAAUCUAAUGUUCAAUUGAAUAAAUAGGUAGUCUGUUGUGCGAAGAUACCCAUGAAUGAAGAAGAAAGAGACCAACAAUAACAUUGGCAUAGAAUGAAACGGAUGGACGUUUUCCAUUAUAUUACAAAUAGUGGUAAUAUUGCAAAUGUGCAAUUAUUAUUAUUAUUAUUAUUAUUAUUAUUUUUUUUUUUUAUUUUUUUUUUAUUUUUUUUUUUCUUCUCGUUUGGUCAAUUUAUUUUUGUUUUGAGGAACAUAAGGUUGUGUAUAUGUUCCUGAGGAGGGACUGAUAUAAAUGAUAUAUAAAUUGACUUAAGGAUGUUUUAAGUAUGUAUCAAACAAUGGCAGUUAUGGGUUAGGGGACUCAUAAAAGAAGGUAAUGAUAGUGAAGGGGUGUUAUUUCUAGAAAAUAUGUAUAAAAAUAGAGAUAAUUCAUAGAAAAGGAAAGACAGCUGGCUGUGUAAAAUAUAGGGACAAUUCUAAAGUAAAUAGAACAAUUCACAUACUUAAAUUAUGGUAAAAAUAAUAAGAGGUGGCAUUUUGAACACUAGAGCAAAAGUUUAAGAAACUUAUGACUUAGUUUUGUGAGGAUUGGAUAUUCUUCCAACUGGAAGACACUUGACUGAGUACAUGUUAUUUUACAGCAGUUGCCGUAGGGACCAUCAUUUAACUAUCAUUAUGAAUAUUUCUGUGGCAGGAGGCCAGGUAUUUGAGGCAGAAUGGUUACAUAGGGCUGUUAUUAAAAAUUAAGAUUUAGUGAUCUUGCUAAUGUUGUCAGGAAAUAACCCAUGUGUAAGUGUGUAUGUCCUCAGGAAAAAACAGCCAGAAAUGGAAGGGCUUGGGCUGCAUUCUGGAGACUGAGUGUACAUCAAGAUACACCAGGCUGGUGGUAUACUUCUUACAACACUGCAGUGGUAAAGUUCUUCUUGUCUCUCUUUGGUGGGUGCAUAAGUCUCACGAGAAGUAAGGUCCAGCUGAAUAAUGGGUGAGCUUGAAAACACCAUGACAGAGGAUGUGGAAUCAGAGAGAGAAAGAGAGAGAGAUUAGAUUCCACUAUAGACAUACUGGGUUGAGUUUGGAGGCUACUUGUUUUAUUUUUAAUACAUCAUGUGAAAAAGAAUGGAUGAUAGGAUAUUAUACUCUAAACAAACAUGUUAAAGGGAUUGAUAUGAAAGCAUAUACAGUGUUGAAUUAAUUCAAGAAGAGAGAAUGUUAAUUGUAGGUUAUGCACAUGAUUAUCAGUUGAAAUGGAGUAGAUGGGAAACUAAGUAAAAAGGACAUGAUUUGGGAACACCUCUCAGAACCUGGGGCCGAAAGGGGAAGACUGGGUGGAAGCAUGAGGAAGCUUUUUAGGGCUUUUAUUUUUGUGGAGUCCAGCAGAAAAGUAUCCUGGAGGCAUAGAGUCAGGUAAAGAGAGAGUGGGAAUUGUCAUGGUCUCAGAUUUCAGUUUGCAUGAAUAUAUUUAUGCAUAACACAUAACAUUGUCAAUGCUGUUAUGUUUUGUCUGUUGUUUUCCAAGUCUUAUGUUUAGGAAACCAGAAGGAGAGGGGUUCGCCAGCUUCAGCUGGAAUGUCUGUUUGUUGUGUGAUGAGUGAUGGAAGUAAGAGGAUGUAUGGUGCUAUCAUAGAACAGAGGCCAUAAGUCUCUAAGUAUGAAUGCUUCACAGAAAGUAGGCAGAAACCUGAACCAGGAUGAGAGGUUCUGCGUCUGAUGAUCCAAGGGGACCAGAAGGACCUCUCCCAGUGAUACCAGGAGAUCUGGUCUACGUUGGAGUGUUCCGGAGGAAGUGGGAUCAACCGAGGAGAGAUGGACCCUAUGAGGUGGCCAAAGCAACAAGAACGGCCGUCCAAGUGAAAAGAAGCCAGACGUGGUACCAUCUGAACCGCUGCAGCUGAGUCCCAACAGAGAGAAGGAUACAACCACAUAGAGAUGAGGACACAGAGGAUGCUGAUUCACCAGGAGGGAGCAGGAGCAGCAGAAACGAUUGAGACGCCAGGGAGGAGCCAAGAAAACAGCAAAUCAAGUGAAAGCCAAAAUAUGACACGUGCACCGACUAAUGCACCCAGAAGAGGAGGAGAGGCCUCACAAGGAACAGAAUAAGAACGUUUCUUCCCUAAAAUUGAAACUCUUCCAGAUGGAAGCUAAGUCCGGCCUGAGGAGGGAGCCUCAGGUGAAGAAAGAGGAGGAAAAGUCCCGCAAGUUGAAGAAAAUGGAGAUUACCCCACAAUUGACUUUUAAACUUUUGAAUGGCCUCCUUUACAGACAAUUGAUGUUAGAACAACAAAAGAAUAAUGACAUUGACAUAACAGAAGUAACAGUGAAUGCUAGUAUAGAAACAACAGACUAAUGCACAAUCAAGAUGUAUUGUGGGAGCAGGAAGAGAAGAAUGGAAUCAGCCGAACAAUCCAAAAAGACUGACAAGGUUUGAAUCUCUGUUCCACCUCAAUUUAUAACAGAAGUAGGAGAACUGAAGUCUAUCUCAAUCAUAAGGAUCAAACCCUUAUCGGAGAUUGCACUCUGUGGAUGGACAUAUCACCAAACAAAGGGACAAGUCGUUUGGGAUCCGAAAGGAUGUGACCUGACAUUAAUCAAAGAAAAAGACGAGAGGGUGCUCAUCAUGAAUCAGAUUGAACCAGUUGAAGGUGAAGAAUUAAUAGUUGAAAUAACAAGAACAACAGUGACCGAAGGGAGUAGCACCACUGUCAUUAAGAUUGAUCCUACCCCUGCACAUGAACAGGAAGAACCUGUGACAACAACAAGGGUGGCGGCUGCUGUGACGACCACAGUAGCUACCACUAGAUGACAUCGACUGCCCUUACCAAGCAGACCACCGUGCCAACAAAGCAACCUGAGACAUCAGUCAGAGUUUUUACUGAUAUUUGAAACUUUCUGAUAAACUCUAAUGAUCUACCUCAAGAUAAGAACAUUGAAAAAGCAACAGAAUUAGAUAUAUCAGAAUCAGAACCACUCAAGGACACCACAUGAGAAGAAGUAGUGAAGAAGGAGUGAUACGAAUGGGCUAAGUAUAUGGCAAACAGACACAGAAUGGACAAUUGUAUUUUGUGAAGAAAAUCACCUUUGUCUGAUCUUUUAAUAGUCUCUGAACCAGCAUCAUGUAAAAACUGUGUAAGUUGGGAAAAAUGACUAUUGUACCAAUAGAAAGUAUUCUAUUCCCUUGUGUGACAUAAAAUGUAGGAUUGCUCUGGGUAAGGAAUAGGGGAAAAAUUAUGUUGAAUGAGACCAUGCUGGGAGACAAUGAUUGUGCUGCCUAUAACAUUAGAACUGAAUUAAAUGUACCUUAAUUAGACAGAGGUACCGUGGUUAAAGGAAAAUAUGAAUGUUUUUACAGACACCACACCGAAGGAAUUGAUGUAGGAAACACCACUGUAGAAUGUGAUACUAUUUGGGUGUUAGAGAAUGCGGGAGUUCGUAAAAGUAAUGAUAAAGGGUUGAGUAUGAAUAGAAAAGGGUUGUGUAGUUACAUAACUCAGGUUGCGCCAUCUCUUACUAUGUUGAAAAUUCAAGACAGAGGUAUUGCUGAUAGUUUCUGGAUGUGUGGAAAAAAACUAACUGUUGAAUGUAUUGCCUGAUGGAUGGAUUGGUCUUUGUGUCUUAGAGCAAUUAAAUAGGUUACGAUUAUUAAAUCACCCCAUGAUGACUAUGUAAAACCUAGAGUUAAAAGGGCUUAUGAGAAGGAUCCUGAGGUAUACCUUAAUGCAAUUGGACUGCUUAGAGGUCUACCUAGGGAUUUCAAGGCCAGAGAUGAGGUUAAAUCAGGAUUUGAAUCUAUAUUUUUGUGGAUAACACCAAAUUAGAACUUAGAGUGGAUUAAUUUUAUUGGCUAUAACCAACAGGGAUUCAUUAAUUAUACUUAAUUGGCUCUUAGUGGAGAAGGGUGGAGUUUGUGUCAUGUUUGGGGAUGACUGUUGCACCUUUAUUCACAAUAUUGCUAUGGCCAAACUCAAAGGAUUAUGAGCAGAAGUAAAGGCUAAUGCUGAUGAAAAUGUAAUGAAAAUGUUUAGACUCAUGUAUGAGUUUGGUUGGAUCUAGCGUUAAGAAAGUGGGAAGCCCAGGCAAUUAUACCAAUAAGUAUGGAAAGCCUUGCAAUGCAGUUGGAGGACCUCUUGACUGCCCCUUUGGUAAACCUAACUGUCUCUAUGAAGUGAUUGGGGGGGGUGGUCAUGCGUGUCACGAUUUUCGUAAGGAUGGUUUCCAUGUAUAUGUUAAAUUACCCAGUUCAGAUUAAUGUUUACUCAUACAUGUCCACAAAAAGUGUCAUUUGCGUCACAAUUGCAAGUGGUGUACAAAAAUUCAUGAGGAUGGUCAUAACCAUCACCCGGAACCUUUUUUCUGUGCCAAGUGUCAAAAAGGAGAUUGUUUUAUUUGUAAGGAUGAGGACUGUGCUCCUAGAUAAUGGGGUUUAGCAUUUUUAUUUUGCAUAAUGCUUUGUGUUCUUUGUAUGUUUCUUUGAAUUUUUAUAUAUAUAUCGAUGAACAUAUAUAUUUUCUUUUAAUUAAAGUUAGUUUUGCCUUCUAAAAAUAGGAUCAUUUUACAAAAACAUGUUAGGUGACAGAGGGUAUUCCGGUUACAAGUGUCUAUGGACCAUGUAUUAAAUCAUCUAACAAAGGUUGGUAGGUGUCUGCACGGGGGGAUAAUGUUGAAAUGUUUUGUCUAGUUAGGUUUUUAUUAAUGUUUCUAAUUGGAUCUUUUACUCCUAUUUUAGUUUUAAUCAUUUGGAGAUGUUUGGUCUAGUUGGUUUAUGUGCUUUAUUCUGUUUUUGUAUUUUCUUGUAUAUCGUAGGUAUUCUCAUUUACUAUCCCAAAGUCAUGUUUGUAUAAUUUAUGUGGCUAAUUAGCCCCAGAGGUGGGAUUGUAGGAGUACAAUUACACACAUGUUGACAUAGAUCAUGAGACCGUGGUAAUGGAAAUCUACUGGGGGACGUUCUGACCCUCUGACCCUUGUAGAUUCUCCAUUGUGUUGACAGAUUGCCCAGACAUGUUGGUGCCAGGGUGUUUUGACACACUAGAUUUAUAGUCUACUCAUUCCACUAGAAAAGCAUACAUACCAGAGAAAUAUGCCUGAGAUGGCUGGACACUAAUGAACAAGAAACACAUAGUCUGCUGAUUCCAUUUGAGUGAAACUGACCAGACACAUAGACGCCUAUAAGCAAUUGGAUGCCCUAGAGAGGGGGGGGGCACAAAGAGUGCAUUGAUUUAGUGGUGAAGGGAGGGUCCGGCCACCAUUAUAAACUGAUUGAAGGCAGAUGGUGGGGAAUGACUUCAUAGGGGACGGACAAUACUAUGUGGGUAUAAAUAUAAAGGACUGGACUUCUGAGAGGGGGGUUCCGCGGACAUUCCAGAUUGCAAUACAAUUGUAAUAAAAACAUUUAUUUGAGUUCACAAAAGUUCUUGUAAGAGUUAUAUUUCUGAGAUGAUUUUCCACGACAUGACCUGGAAUGCUUUUCCAACAUUCUUGAAGGAGUUCCCACAUAUGCCGAGCCCUUUUUGUCUGCUUUUCCUUCACUCUGCGGUCCAGCUCAUCCCAAACCAUCUCAAUUGGGUUGAGGUCGGGUGAUUGUGGAUGCCAGGUCAUCUGAUGCAGCACUCCAUUACUCUCCUUUUUGGUCAAAUAGCCUUCACACAGCCUGGAGGCGUGUUUUGGGUCAUUGUCCUGUUGAAUAACAAAUGAUAGUCCCAUUAAGUGCAAACCAGAUGGGAUGGCGUAUUGCUGCAGAAUGCUGUGGUAGCCUUGCUGGUUAAGUGUGUGCCUUGAAUUCUAAAGAAAUCACAGACAGUGUCACCAGCAAAGCAUCCCUACACCAUAACACCUCUUCCUCCAUGCUUCACAGUGGGAUCCACACAUGCAGAGAUCAUCUGUUCACCUUUUCAGAGGGGUUUGGUUAAAUGCCGAAGACACAUUUUAGUUGAAUACAUUCUGUUGGACAACUGACAAGGUAUCCCCCUUUCCCUUACUCUGUGUCUCACAAAGAUUUUUGGAACCAAAAAUCAAAAAUUUGGACACAUCAUACCAAAGGACAGAUUUCCACAAAUCUAAUGUCCAUUGCUCGUGUUUCUUGGCCCAAGCAAGUCUCUUCUUCUUGUUGGUGUCCUUUAGUAGUGGUUUCUUGGCAGCAAUUCGACCAUGAAGGCCUGAUUCAUACAGUCUCCUCUGAACAGUUGAUGUUGAGAUGUGUCUGUUACUUGAACUCUGUGAAGCAUUUAUUUGGCUGAAGCAUUUAUUUGGGCUGCAAUUUGAGGUGCAGUUAAUUACCGAUUUCUGAGGCUGGUAACUUUCUGAGGCUAGCUGUUCUUGCAGUAAUAUAGACUUGGUCUUUUACCAAAUCUUCGGUAUACCACCCCUACCUUGUCACAACACAACUGAUUAGCACAAACACAUUAAGAAGGAAAUACAUUUCACAAAUUAACUUUUAACAAGGCACACCUGUUAAUUGAAAUGCAUUACAGGUGCCUACCUCGAAGCUGGUUGAGAGAAUUCCAAGAGUGUGCAAAGCUUUCAUCAAGGCAAAGGGUGGCUAAUUUGAAGAAUAUCAAAUAUAUUUUGAUUUGUUUAACAAUGAUUCCAUAUGUGUUUUUUCAUAGUUUUGAUGCCUUCACUAUUAUUCUACAAUGUAGAAAAUAGUCAAAAUAAAGAAAAACCCUUGAAUGAGUAGGUUUGUCCAAACUUUUGACUGGUACUGUAUAUUAAGUGUGCUCCAAAAAGACUUUCACACAUUUUUAUUGUGAAUCGAAUGAUGUGUUGGUUGUUAGGAAGAGGCAUCAUGGGGGCAGAAAGCCAGCUCUGCCCAUCAGUACUUAUAGGUCAUGUCAACCACAGACCUCACACUGUUCGGCUUUCUCACUGCCAGUAAGUUCUCCUACCAAACGGCUCUCUCUUCACUCUGAAAAUACACUUGAUAAUAUCUUAUACCUUACUAUUGGUGAUUUGUUAUGCAGAACGAAUGAUUGCAUGUAAAUGUCAUUGUAAAACAUAUCUGGAAUGUGGUUUUAUGUUUUCUUCAUUUGUUUUACAUUCUGAUUGUAUAUUCAUUUAUUUAAACAUGUAUUUUUUAAAUAUUUAUUUGUAUUAUGUAGAAGAGACCAAUAUGUUGUUGGUGGCCUGUGUCCCAACACUCGAUGUUGUAGUCCUGGUCCUGAGAAUAAAACAGGUUUAAAACAACAA